AUGAAGGACCCCUUUUUCCUGCAGCCCAUUCCAUGGCUCUCGGAUUUGGUUCGUCCCCUGUCUCGUCGUCUUGGCUUGGUAACACUACCGCUUCACAUCCAUGAGGUGGUAUUUGCCGCCCUGCUCUACUCUGUCAUUUUCUAUCCUUUGUCGCCAAUCCUUUCACGGCUCAUCGCUCCGAAGCACUACUCCAAGCUUUCCCGCAAUAAAAGGCUCAACUGGCAUGCUCAUGUUGUCUCCAUGGUCCAGAGCGUCUUCAUCAAUGGACUCGCUUUGUGGAUCAAGUGGGUAGAUAAGGAACGCAGCACCAUGGACAGAGAAGGUCGUAUCUGGGGAUAUUCUGGAGCGCCAGCUUUGCUUCAGUCUAUGGCUGUCGGUUAUUUCGUUUGGGAUUUUUUCGUCACUGCCAUGAACCUGGAUGUCUUCGGCAUUGGCACCUUGGCUCAUGCCAUUUCCGCAUUGACCGUCUUCAGCCUGGGAUUCAAACCAUUUGUCAAUUAUUAUGGAUGCAACUUUAUACUCUACGAGCUCUCCACGCCUUUCCUGAACAUCCAUUGGUUCCUGGAUAAGGUCAACAUGACAGGAUCCAGCCUUCAACUCUACAACGGCUUUGCGCUCCUGUUUACGUUCUUCUCAUGCCGCCUUGUCUAUGGACCUUACCAAACCUACAGGGUUUUCAGCGACAUCUAUGCUCUCAGUGGCAAGAAUCCGUCUUCGCCAGGCAAAGGUGUACUUGCUUACGUCACGUCACAAACCUAUAUUCCAAAGUGGCUUGCAUUUGCAUACGUCGCCAGUAAUGCAACACUUACUUUUUUGAACUUCUACUGGUUCUACAUGAUGGUCCAUGCUGUUCGAAAGAGGUUUGUUGAGUCUCCUAGAGAGGAAGACGGGAAGAAAGAGCUUGUUGCCGAAGUCGAAACCGACCUGCCUGCUACUGCAUCUGGAGUAUUGGCACAGGCCAAAGUCCGUUCUCGUCGUGCCUAG